UUUGGUUCACCAGUUUGUGUGCUAUUUUUCAUGGUCACAAUUUCUAAAUAAAACCUGAAACGAGUAUAAACAAAACACGUCCGUUAUUAUUUUCCAUUCUUUUUCAUAAUUGAGUAAGGAGUAAAUUGCAUGUGUGUGGACAUGUGCGUGUGCAAUUUGAUAUUUUAAAAUUGUCGUGGUAAUUAUGGUGAUUACACAAAGAUCAUCUUUCAAAAACAACAACUCAAGCCGGUCUCCCUUGGUAAAGCAAACCAACGAGAGUAUGGUUGACUGUGAAAAAAUUCUGGCCGUUGCGAGAAGGGCAUUUGAAGAUGGACGCACAAAACCACUGGAGUUUCGAGAGAAGCAACUUAGAGCGUUACAAAAGAUGUACAAUGAAAACGAGGACGCAAUGUUUCAAGCGCUAAAAGACGAUUUACACAAGAGCAAAACAGAAUCAUACGUAAUGGAACUGAUGCUAUUGAAAAACGAUCUGCAAAACGUAAUUGAAAACUUCAAAAACUGGGCAAAACCAAAAGUAUAUCCGAAAUCGCUCGUCACACUCUUCGACAAAACCUUUGUUCACAAAGAUCCUUACGGAGUUGUUUUGAUAAUCUCACCUUGGAAUUAUCCCUUACAACUUUGUCUAUUACCAGUUCAUGGGGCCAUAGCUGCAGGCAACUGUUUCGUCCUUCAGCCUUCCGAAGUCGCAUGCAACACUACCAAACUCCUUUCCCAGUUGAUUCCUCAAUAUUUAGACAACGACUGUUACCACGUAGUUACAGGUGGGAUAGAUGUAACAGUGAAGUUGUUGGAAUUGAAAUUCGAUUAUAUCUUCUUCACGGGUUCAUCAAACGCCGGAAGAGUUGUGCAGGCAGCAGCAGUUAAACAUUUGAUCCCAACUACUUUGGAGUUGGGCGGGAAGAGUCCAGCAUACGUUGGUGAUGACGUGGACUUCGAAAUAACAACUAGAAGAUUGUUGUGGGGAAAAUGUGUGAACGCUGGUCAAACUUGUGUCGCUCCCGAUUACAUUUUAUGUUCAAGGAAGGCCGAACGUGAGAUUUUGGCGAAGGCAAAAUCGAUAUUUCGGGAAUGGUACGGGAGAGACGUAAAAACCUCCCCGGACUUUUGUCGCAUCGUUAAUGACAGACAUUACCACAGACUGGCGAAAUUGAUUGCAGAUAGUAAAGUGGCGUUCGGGGGAGAAACAGAUGAAGAAGAAAGAUUUAUCGGGCCUACUUUGAUAGUAGACGUCAAACCUGACGAUUCCAUUAUGCAGGAGGAGAUUUUUGGACCAAUUUUGCCCAUUUUGAACGUCGAAAGUCAUUACGAUGCUAUUAAUUUCAUCAAUUCGAGGGAUAAACCGUUGGCGCUGUACGUAUUCACGAACGAAAAGAGAAUAAUCGAUUCGUUCUUGAAUGAGACGUCUUGCGGUGGUGUCACGGUAAACGACACGUUAAUGCACGCAUCUGUUGAAGAUUUUCCAUUCGGAGGAAUCGGCCAAAGUGGAAUUGGAGCUUACCAUGGUAAAGUUACGUUCAAAACGUUCACUCAUAGAAAAAGCGUUCUAGUAAGAAGCUUAAAUCCUCUCUUGGAGAAAAUCAAUGCAAUUCGAUACCCACCUUACACUGAAAAAAGACUCAAUCUCUUGAAAACAGCCCUUGAAAGGAAAGGCAGUAUUAUUAGUUACGAAUGUAUCAAAUUUAUAAUUGCCUUUGUAUCAGGAGCAAUAUUUUCGCUGCUAGUUGUUUUGUUGGGCAAGGAUUAUUGGGAUUUCUAAUAGAAAUGGUUCGAAAAAAACAAAUACAAGUUUAACUACAAAAUUUAGAAGUGUAAGAUAAAAAACUGUACCUAAAUAUAUAUAAUACGUAAAAUCUA